AUGCGUUUCACCUCUCUAUCAGCAUUCGCCACACUCCUGCUGCGGUGCACUUUCGCUGUCCCAUAUCCUUUGUCGAAUGCCACAGAUACGACAAAUACCACAUUCGGUACACCGUCUAGCGGGCCGUACGUUUGUCAGAGGGUCUAUCCUUCUGACCUCACCAUAGUCAACUCUCGCUAUCCCGACUACGGCGUCGGCCAUCUUCAUAACACCACACUCUUCUUCAUGCUCCGCCGGCAGAUACUCGGCGAGGGCGAGAUCGCCACACGCGUGCAAUUCCAAGGACUUCCGUCCGCAGCUUCCAACAAGACCUGCCGUCUUGAGUUCGUCUUGCCAAACGAAAAGCUCCAGAAGAUGCAAGGUACGAAUCCAAGUUUCGAUAUAUACCAAGUCCAAGGCGAUGCGGACGCCAUCGCGACUUGGAACACAUACAAAGGCAGUGAAGGGGUGAGCUUGUUUGGUCGUAUCAAUGGGGAGUCAGAAGCUUUGGAGAAGACAAGGGGCGUUGGUGGCAUCGCGGCAGUCAACGAGACAGUUUGUGCUGAGACGCUGACUUUCCAAAUGGGCAUGGCGUACGAUGGUGGGAAUUUGCCAAACUACUGGGAUUUUCCAAAUGUCGCACCUCCUGCUUGGCCAAUCCAAGGAUUCAGGAUCGUGUACGGCUGCUGA